AUGUUGGACCAUGAUGUACUCUGGCAUGCUCAAAUCUUCUACACUGGAGAUAUUGUUGAGAUUGAUAAUUGGAAAACUGCGCUUGGAAAAAAUGGUGUGUGUUGUAAUUUGACAUUCCGUGACUGCAUAACAGGCCAGAUAUUAGUAAGAGCUUCAAGCUUUUGGGUGAUAAUGAAUAAAAAGACAAGAAAGUUAUCCAGAUUCCCAAAUGAAGUUCGAGCUAAAUUGGAAAAAUUCUUUGUUGAUAAACCCCCUUUAGUCGAACAAGCAACUAGAACGUGGUCAAGAAGUGAGGAUAACAUUAUUGAACACAUUUGCAAAGGUUUAAAGCCAAGAUGGAGCGAUUUAGAUAUUAACCAACAUGUGAAUCAUGUGAAAUAUGUUGGGUUGAUCCUUGAGAGUGUUCCCAAGACCAUUAUAGAGAAGUACGAGAUUGAUAGCAUGACACUAGAUUACUAUCAAGAGUUUACAAAUGACAAUAUACUACAAUCCUUCACUUAUAUAUUGACCAACGACAAUGCCAUAAUAUCUAAUUGUGACAUUGUUGAUUGCCAACAUUUGCUUCAAUUUGAGAUCGGCGGUGGUAAUAGUAAUAUCAUGAAAGGAAUGACUAGAUGGCGGCUGAAACACAAGAAAACUCAAGGACUCUAG